CCCGGUGUGGGCCACAACCCGGCCCCUUGCCAUGGAGUCCAUGUUUGAGGACGACAUCAGCAUCCUGACCCAGGAGGCCUUGGGACCCAGUGAAGUGUGGCUGGACAGUCCUGGAGAUCCCUCUCUGGGGGAGGAUAUGUGCUCUGCCUCCCAUUUUGCCCUCAUCACAGCCUAUGGAGACAUCAAGGAGCGGCUGGGGGGCCUGGAAAGGGAGAAUGCUACCCUCCGCCGCCGCCUCAAAGUCUAUGAGAUCAAGUACCCACUGAUCAGUGACUUUGGAGAGGAGCAUGGCUUCUCUCUGUAUGAAAUCAAGGAUGGCUCCCUGCUGGAGGUGGAGAAGGUCAGUUUGCAGCAGCGACUCAACCAGUUCCAGCAUGAGUUGCAGAAAAAUAAAGAGCAGGAAGAACAGCUCGGGGAGAUGAUCCAGGCUUAUGAGAAACUCUGUGUGGAGAAGAGCGACUUAGAGACGGAGCUAGGGGAGAUGCGGGCAUUAGUGGAGACCCACUUGCGGCAGAUCUGUGGUUUGGAGCAGCAGCUUCGGCAACAGCAAGGUCUCCAGGAUACUGCCUUUCCCAGCCUGAGCCCUCCACCAGCCCCUGCCCCACCCUGUGCUGAUCUGGACCUACACUAUCUGGCAAUGAGAGGGGGCUCUGGCUUGAGUCAUGCAGGCUGGCCAGGUCCCACACCCAGUGUGAGUGAACUGGAACGGCGGCAGCUGGAAGAGGCUCUGGAGGCUGCCCAGGGAGAGGCUCGGGGAGCUCAGCUCCGGGAAGAGCAGCUCCAGGCAGAGUGUGAGCGGCUGCAGGGGGAGCUGAAGCAGUUGCAGGAGACCCGGGCCCAGGAUCUGGCCUCCAACCAGUCGGAGCGGGACAUGGCAUGGGUGAAAAGAGUUGGGGAUGAUCAGGUGAAUUUGGCACUGGCCUACACAGAACUGACAGAGGAGCUGGGCCGGCUUCGGGAGUUGAGUUCCCUGCAGGGGAGGAUCUUGAGGACCCUGUUGCAGGAGCAGGCCCGGAAUGGUGGCCAGAGGCAUUCGCCAUUGUCGCAGCGCCACUCCCCGGCCCCCCAGUGUCCCUCUCCCUCCCCGCCAGCCCGGGCAGCGCCCCCGUGUCCCCCUUGUCAGUCCCCCGUCCCGCAGCGCCGCUCUCCCGUGCCCCCAUGCCCCUCGCCCCAGCAGCGCCGCUCGCCGGCCUCGCCCUCCUGCCCGUCACCCGUCCCACAACGCCGCUCGCCGGUGCCACCGCCGUGCCAGUCCCCCAGUCCGCAGCGCCGCUCCCCGGUGCCCCCCAGCUGCCCGGCCCCGCAGCCCCGGCCGCCGCCUCCGACGCCUCCGGGGGAGAGGACGCUGGCCGAGCGCGCCUACGCCAAGCCGCCCAGCCACCACGUGAAGGCCGGCUUCCAAGGCCGCCGCAGCUACUCGGAGCUGACGGAGGGUGCGGCCUACGCGGGCGCCUCCACGCCCUGGCUGCAGGCCGAGGCGGCCACGCUCCCCAAGCCCCGGGCCUACGGCGAGCUCUACGGCCCCGGCAGGCCCCUCAGCCCGCGGCGCGCCUUCGAGGGCAUCCGGCUGCGCUUUGAGAAGCAGCCGUCGGAGGAGGACGAGUGGGCUGUGCCCACCAGCCCGCCAAGCCCCGAGGCGGGCACCAUCCGCUGCGCCUCCUUCUGCGCUGGCUUCCCGAUCCCCGAGUCACCCGCCGCCACCGCCUACACCCACGCCGAGCACGCGCAGUCCUGGCCUUCCAUCAACCUGCUGAUGGAGACAGUGGGCUCUGACAUCCGCAGCUGCCCCCUCUGCCAACUGGGUUUCCCUGUUGGGUACCCAGAUGAUGCGCUCAUCAAACACAUUGACUCCCACCUGGAGAACAGCAAGAUCUAGGGCACUGCCCCUACCCACUGGUUGUUUCUCUGCCCUCUCCUAUCACCCCUAAACACUCACUUUGAAUGCUGCAUGAAUCUUGUGGGGGGCCCCUGCCCCUUGCGACCCCCAGAUACCUCCACUAGCUACUGAGUCAACGUGUGUGCCGUCUUCCCUGGUCCA